AUGGAUAGCACCUACGCGCGGAGGAUCCUUGCUAUCAACCGCUUGGAAGAAAACGAUAAUGACGACGAAGUCGAGGUAGCGUCCUGGGAGGAAUCGAUAAGCAACGAAGAAUACGCUAUCGAGUGUGAAGCUUGUAUGAAUCCCGGGGCGAGCCGUUCUGGUAGUUUUCUUUGCAUCGACUGGCAGCCCCGUAAGGAGCUGUGGCGUUCACACACGGGUCGAGAUUAUAAGCCGGAUAUGGAUAAAGAGAUCGUCACCCCCUGCUAUGGGUUUGAGAUUUUUGGGAAUAUCUGUAUGGAGUUAGUGGAUGCGGUUGAAGUCUUCUACAACCACUUUAUACCCGAUGGCGUACUCGACCUACAGCUAGAGAUGGCCAGGCGGGGUUGA